AUGGGGGGAGACGAGCUACCAGGGCAGGGGAAGAAAGUCUGCGUCACGGGAGUGUCGGGCUUCAUCGGCAGCUACGUGGUGAAGAUGCUGUUGGAGCGUGGCUACCACGUGCGCGGCACCGUCAGAGACCUCGAUGACCCGCGAACCAACUGGCUGCGCGGCCUCGCGGACGGCACGCCGGGCACGAUCCAGCUGUUCGCGGCGGAUCUAACGGCGCCGGGGAGCUUCGACGAGGCAGUGGAGGGGUGCGAGCUGGUGUGCCACGUGGCAGCGCUGAUGACGACCAGUAAGAGCGACCCGCAGACCAUCGUGGCGGCAGCACUGGACGGCACGCGGAACGUGUUUGGGUCGAUCAUGAAGCACCAAUGCGCCAAGAAAGUGGUGCUCACAUCAUCAGUGGCAGCGGUAUCAGACAACAUGUUCCCGCCAGACCACGUCUUCACGGAGGCCGAUUGGAACCGCCAGCUGUCGCUGCGCGCGCCGUACAGCAUGGGGAAAACCCUCGCUGAGAAGUACGCGUGGCGCGUGGCGGACGAGCUGAAGGGCGUGGAGUGGAGAUUCGAUCUGGUCACGCUGUGCCCUAGCUUGGUGCUGGGACCGGCGCUACGGGAGGAGCACGUGAAGGGCAGCCUGCAGUCGGUAAAACAGCUCCUGGACGGCACACUGUUCCUGGCUCCCAAUCUGCACUUUGGCAUCGUGCACGUGGCUGACGUGGCACUGGCACACGUGCUGGCGCUGGAGAAGGACGGCAUGAAGGGGCGCUACAUCCUCUGCAAUGGGGACACCAUGUCGCUGCUGCAGAUGGCCGACGUGCUGCGCUCCAAGUACCCCAACUACCGCCUGCCAUCGAUGGGCAUGCCGGACUGGAUGGCGAUGCUGGUAGCCAUGGUGAACCCCGCCGUGGGCAUCGACUUCAUGCGCCGCAACCUGGGCGUGGUGCACCGGUACAGCGGCAGCAAGGCCGAGAACGACAUGGGGAUUAUCUAUCAGUCGUCGAGAGUGGCGCUCAUUGAGGCGGCCACGUCGAUUGUGGAGCUGGGUCUGCUUGAUAGGAUGUGA